CUCCUGAGGGCCCGGUGGCCUCGGCGCCCGCGUCUCUGCGCGGUUGCUGGCCCGGCCCCGUGUCCUUACGGUCCCAGUGCCGCCUUGGCGCGCCCUGACCGAAGCCCUCCCCUCAGUGCUGUUGUCCUCGGUCCCCGGCCGCCGGCGCGCGGAUCGCCGCUGACACGGCACUUGCAUCCCAAGCGUGCGCGCCAGCCGCGAGUCACCUGCACUGCCCAGCACCGAGCCGCCCGAUGGCCUGUGGGGCGAAAGGACUGGGCUCGCCUCCAGCCCGGGCUCGCAGACCCGCGGGAGAGGAUGUCCUUUCCUGCAGUUCCAUUAUGGGCGUCAGAGGCUUGCAGGGAUUUGUGGGAAGUACCUGCCCGCAUGUAUGUACAGUAGUGAAUUUCAGAGACCUAGCAGAACGCCACCGAAGCAAGCAUCCUGGGUGCACCCCUACCGUUGUCGUUGAUGCCAUGUGUUGUCUCAGGUACUGGUAUACUCCCAGAUCUUGGAUCUGUGGUGGCCAGUGGCGAGAAUACUUUUCUGCUUUGCAAGAUUUUGUGCAAGCCUUCACAGCUGUCGGCAUCCAGCUGACCUUCUUCUUUGACGGGACUGUGGAGCAGGACAAGCGCCGUGAGUGGGUGAAACGGAGACUCAAGAACAACAGGGAGAUUGCCAGGAUUUUCCACUAUAUCAAGUCGCACAGGGAGCAGCCUGGCAGAAGCAUGUUCUUCAUACCGUCUGGGCUGGCCAUCUUUACGCGGUUUGCUUUGAAGACCCUUGGUCAGGAGACCCUGUGUUCAUUGCAGGAAGCUGACUAUGAGGUGGCGUCCUAUGGCCUCCAGAAUAACUGUCUUGGAAUUCUAGGGGAAGACACAGACUACUUGAUUUAUGACACCUGCCCCUACUUUUCAAUUAGUGAGCUCUGUCUGGAGAGUCUUGAGACUGUCAUGCUCUGUAGAGAGACGCUCUGCCAGAGUCUGGGUCUUAACCUGGCAGACCUUCCUCUGCUGGCCUGCCUCCUUGGCAACGACAUAAUCCCAGAAGGCAUGUUUGAAAGCUUUCGGUACAAGUGCUUGUCUUCCUACACCUCAGUGAAAGAGAACUUUGACAAAAAAGGUAACAUUAUCUUAGCUGUAGCUGACCACAUAGCUAAAGUUCUUCGCUUGUAUCAAGGUGAGAAAAAGCUGGAAGAAAUGUUACCUUUGGGACCAAACAAAGCCCUUUUUCAUAGGGGAGUGGCAUCAUAUCUUUUGCCAGGACAGAAAUCACCAUGGUUUUUCCAAAAACCCAAAGGUGUAAUAACUUUGGAAAAGGAGAUAGUAUCCAUGUGUACAGAGCCUGAAUCCAAGCAGGAAGUUCCCAUGUGUACAGAGCCUGAAUCCAAGCAGGAAGUUCCCAUCAAUAUAGAUCCUGCACCCAAGCAAGAAGUUCCCAUGUGUACACACCCUAAAAUCAAGCAGAAAUUACCUAUAGCUACAGGUCUUGAAUUUAAGGGGGAAGCACUCAUGCGUACAAACCCUGAAAUGCAACAAGAAGGCCCCGUGGAUAUGGAGCCUGAAAUGAGGCCACAAGUGACCAUGGUUUCAGACCCUGACAUCUUAAAGGUUGCCAGAGAGCAUCAUGUCCAGGCGGAGAGCUACCUGGUGUACAACAUCAUGAGCAGUGGGGAGGUGGAGUGCAGCAACAGCCUGGAGGACGAACUGGACCAGGCCCUGCCCAGCCAGGCCUUUGUCUACCGCCCUGUGCGGCAGCGCGUCUACGCCCUCUUACUGGGGCACAGUACAGGUGGCUCCAGCACCUGUCCUGCUGUCAAGGAGUGGUUUGUCUACUCAGGGAACCCUCUCAGGCACCCGGACUUCGUCAGGCCUCUGCCGAUGAACAUUCCAGGGGGUAUGCCGAGUUUGAAGCUGCUGUGGCUGAACCAGGAGCCAGGAACACAAGACCGGCGCUUGGACACGCUUCUCGCCUGCUUUGACCUUUCUUCCUCCAGAGAAGAGCUGCAGGUGGUGGAGGGCCCCUUUCAGGGUCUGUGCUGUAUCCUGAUCUACCUCUUUGUCCAGGUGGACACUCUUUGCCUGGAGGACCUGCAUGCUUUUAUUGCUCAGGCCUUGUGCCUCCAAGGAAAAUCAACUGUACAGCUUGAAGACUUGCAGCUCGAUCACAUCGACCCCAGGGCUGUGCAGCUCGGCGCCCUCCUGGUGCGCGGCCUCACCACUCUGGUGCUGGUCAAUAGCGCCUGCGGCUUCCCCUGGAGGACAGGCGAGUUCAUGCCUUGGAACAUAUUCGACGGGAAGCUCUUCCAUCAAAAGUACCUUCAGUCCGAGAGGGGAUACGCUGCAGAGGCUCUUGUAGAGCAAAACAGGGCACGGCUUGCCACAUUCCACAGCCUGGAGUCGGUUGUGUGCAAGGCCUGCAUGAAGGAGAACAGACGCGUGGUCAGCAGGCAGCACUGGCAUUCACGUCACUCAGGGAGGUGGGGACGACAGGGAUCCGGCUCCCAUAGGACGAGCUUGGGGUACAGCCGAUCUGGCCAAGGACAGCACUGGAGAGACCAGGGGCCAGGAAAUAGACAAUAUGAGCCUGACCAGUGGAGAAGACACUCAUCAUCCGGGUGGCCCAACUGAUCCUGCUCACUGUGGACAGAGUGGACAGAGCCUUUCACUGCUGGAGAAGGGAUUGUUUUAAAGCUUGAACAAUGAACACAAAGUCAGUGUAGCUUGCUGAUACAUAGAACAUAUACAAUGCUCUGUAUUCCACAUGGCUGUGUGCGGUUCCAAAGUACGGAGUGAUGGAGCUGGACACACUCUGCCAUCUACUCCAUUGCGCUGUUUCCUGCGCAGCCAAGGAGAUGAGGCUGAGCUAGAGACGCCGUGAAGAGCUGCCUUCCAUCAGCCUGAACCCCGCAGGCAGGGAGGGGCUUUAUGUUUUAUGCCAUGAGUGUAUCCUUCCCCACACAGGGAAGGACAAGGAAGCGAAGCUCUGCUAGAGCCUCCUGUGCACAGCAAGGAUCCUCUGUCCCCUGCUCUGAGCGGCCUUGAGAGGGUCUCCACGAGGCAGUCACAAGGCCUCCUGGUUUGUUCCCAGGAGGGAGACCUGCAGCGCAGGAAGCCUGGGGGCAUGGGGUGCCUCCAGCCAGCUGCCCUUGUUCCCCUCACACCUCAAUUAAGUGUGAUUUCACAGCAA